UGAACAUGUUCUGCCUCCAAGAAUGCAGAAUACGUUUAGGUUUGAUCAUUCUUCUAUCUUUGGUGCAUUUUGAUGUUGGCAAUGCUGCGUGUAAAAUAUCUAAAACGUCUACCAGAACGCGGUUUAAGUCCUAUGUUGGGACACGCACUGAAACUUAUAGAAAGAAAUGGUGUGUCUUCGGAUGCCAGCGAACUAGGAUUGUGACGGAAGUCCGCUGGGAACUUCAGACGUACCUCACCUAUUCUUCUGUCUGCUGUGAUGGGUAUAAGGAGAUCAAUUCUGUGUGCACUCCGGUCUGUGAUCCGAAAUGUGUUCACAGUCAAUGCACGGCGCCUAAUUCCUGUUCCUGCAAUAGUGGCUACGUAAAACCCUCUCGUAGCGGCACGGAGUGUAUACCCGAUUGCAGUCCGGGUUGCAUAAAUGCACAAUGCACAUCUCCUGACGUAUGUACAUGCAAUAGUGGUUACAAGAAAGAUGCUAGCAAUAGCAAGAAGUGCUUUCCUGUUUGUCAUCCAGAAUGCAUAAAUGGGAACUGCACGGCACCAAAUGUUUGCACUUGUAUUAGAGGUUAUAGCAGAAGUUUCACAAAUAGCAACAUCUGUGUGCCGAUUUGCAAUCCAGAGUGUACGAAUGGACGUUGUACUGCCCCUAGCGUCUGCACAUGCAAUGUUGGAUUCGCAAGGGAUAUUGAAAAUUAUACGAAUUGCCUACCAGUAUGUAAUGUUAAAUGUAUAAAUGGAAUGUGCACAGCUCCAAACAUUUGUACGUGUAAUGCUGGUUUCAUCAAAGAAGGUAAGAAUAACACGAAAUGUGUACCAGUUUGUGAGCCUGGCUGUGUUAACGGAGAAUGCACUACACCAAAUACGUGUACAUGUAACGAAGGAUUUGCGAAAGAUGCAGAGAAUGCAUCAAAUUGUGUACCAGUUUGUGAGCCUGGCUGUGUUAAUGGAGAAUGCACUGCACCAAAUACGUGUACAUGUAACGAAGGAUUUGCGAAAGAUGCAGAGAAUGCAUCAAAUUGUGUAUCAGUUUGUGAGCCUGGCUGUGUUAACGGAGAAUGCACUGCACCAAAUACGUGUACAUGUAACGAAGGGUUUAGAGAAGACUCAGAGAAAUCAACACAAUGUACUCCAGUUUGUGAUCCUGAGUGUGUUAACGGAGAAUGUACUGCUCCGAAUGUAUGUACUUGUAAUAAUGGAUUUUCAAAAGACUCCAUAAAUGAAACAAAUUGUUUAUCAGUUUGUAAUCCAAACUGCAUUAACGGAUCAUGUGUGUUUCCAAAUACAUGUGUAUGUAAAAAUGGUUUUCAUAUGGACAUUAAUAAUAAACACAAAUGCCUGCCUACCUGUGACGAGAUCUGUAUAAAUGGGGUAUGUACAGCCCCGAACUUCUGCACAUGUGAGCCUGGGUACGUCAAAGAUUCUAGAGAACUCCACAAAUGCUUGCCGCUUUGCUAUGACGGAUGUCACAAUGGAGACUGUGUCGGACCUAACAAAUGCAUCUGUCAUGAAGGUUACAGUCAAAGAAACAAUGUUACGAAUAAAUGUUAUCCAACAUGUAGCAAUAUGUGUAUAAAUGCCGAAUGCACAGCCCCUGACACUUGUACCUGUUUUCCGGGCUACAGCUAUUCUCUGGAAUCGAAUAACUCUUACCUCUGUUCAGCAAUCUGUGAAGAAACCUGUAUAAAUUCAUACUGUUUAGCUCCUGAUGAAUGUUCUUGUCACGAAGGUUACGUCAAGCAAAUGGAUAUUCCCAAUGCCUGCGCACCGUAUUGCAAGGAAGGAUGUCAGAAUGGGGAAUGCACCGGGCCUAAUACGUGUACCUGUCAUAAAGGUUACACAAAAGACAAGGUGAAUCCAAAUAUGUGCUUACCAGAAUGUCCCGAAGGAUGCGCAAAUGCUGCCUGCGCAGCCCAGAAUAUUUGCACUUGCAAUGAAGGGUACUCUGAUGGCGAAGAAAGCGGGGACUGCUUGCCUUUGUGUGCUGGACAGUGUGUGAAUAGCAACUGCACGGCACCGGACAUAUGUACCUGUCAUAGUGAUGGAUAUAUACACAACAUCACCCAGCCUAACAUCUGCGUCGUGAAGUGUCCUGGUGGAUGUCUGAAUGGGAACUGUACUGACUACCUUACAUGUGACUGCAGCAAGGGAUGGACAGGUGUCAACUGUUCGACUCGCUAUUUUAAUUCUACAUUUACAAGGGUUUUGCCUGGCGCCAAGCACAUCGACCAUCCGUACGUUCUGUGGCUUUUAGUCCUCCCAUUACUGACGCUUGCUGUGGUCACUGCACCUGCAGUGGCGAGACUUGUCGCCUGGAGGCGCCCCCGCCUCACAGACGCGUUCAAAUUUGACGGCUUGAACACACAAGGUAUGGAUAAAUUCUACAACAUAGAAUUGAGCACAAACGAGACACAGGAAAACCAAUUUGCUAGUGAAAUUAAAGAUGUCAAGGAAGGAGAAGAAUACGGUUUCGGCCAUCAUUGUGCCAGCACAUGUCUUCUGAAAAGCGAAAUUACAUAACUUUGUACAUGAAGCGUGGUUCGACGUUUCCUGCCAUCCGAAACGUCGGUUGUUGCUGUAACUUUACGUAUCUUUACUUCCCACACAUUUCUAGUGAGCCGACUACUUUCUGACAUGGCGGCAACUACAAGUGUCUGUAAUAAGACUGCAAUGUUGGCGGUCUAUAAAGUGUUUAUACAGCUCUGUCACUGCAAAUGGAUAUCAAAAAAUAGUGAAAACCAGCCACGACAUACGCAUUGAGAAGAAGCAGACAUUGAACUCAGGUCUAUUUAGUGGGAUAUCUGAUUGUUGCCAACUUCAAAAGAUUUCGCGAAUUUUCACUGAUGAGACGAAACGGAUACGCGGACGGCAAUUUUUAGGAAUUCUGAAGAAGCCUCUCCGCGGGUCGAACACAAGAAUAUUAGCAUAUGCCUCUCUUCCUUUGCAUUAAAUUGUAUAAAUUUUCACUAAAUCACAAACACGUAGAUUUUUCUGGGGACAUAGAAUUCUUUCGUUUAAUAAAAUAUAAUCAGAAUUUUGUUCGA